AUAAUAAAAUAAUUAGGGAGAAAAGUUUUUAUGGACAUCAAAGGGUUAAAUAAUCUCUCAUUUUUGGGCUAAAUCAUCAAAAAUAUUUAUGAUUUAUUUAAUAAUAAAAACAUUUCCGGUUUUAGUUUUUUUACAUUUUCUUAUUUUAGGUAAAAUUAUUUGUUUCCAGUUUUUAUUUAGUUGAUUUUUAGUUUUUUUGUUGUUGUUUUUUUGGUGAAAUUUCACAAACUUUCUGUUUCAGACAAACAAUUAACGUCUGAUGUAAGGUUGUUUGUUCCCGUUAACCGGAUCUCAGACCGGAAACGGGGCGCGAGCCCCCUUUUUUUCUGCCUCGCGCUGACACCUUUUGCAGCGCGUUGACGCGUUUGGUUACUCGUCUCCAGAGGAGCGUGUCCGCCGGAUCCUUAUCAGCUGGACCCUCCACCCCAAGCCAACACCUCCUCCUGUCAUGCGUGCAGCAGCGGAGCUCCAUCCUGCUCCUCCGCGUGUCUGAGCUCCUCCUCACAUGUUCUGCGUCCUCCCGGAGAACUCGCUGCGACCCACAGGAUGAACGGCUACGGGUCCCCCUACCUCUACAUGGGGGCCCCGGUGUCCCAGCCCCGGGCCCCGCUGCAGAGGACCCCCAAGUGCGCGCGCUGCCGGAACCACGGCGUGCUCUCGUGGCUCAAAGGUCACAAGCGCUACUGUCGCUUCAAGGACUGCACCUGCGAGAAGUGCAUCCUGAUCAUCGAGCGGCAGCGCGUGAUGGCGGCGCAGGUGGCGCUGCGGAGGCAGCAGGCCAACGAGAGCCUGGAGAGCCUCAUCCCGGAGUCCCUCAGAGUGCUGCCCGGCAUGGGCAUGAGCGGGGCAGGCGAGGCGAGCCAGGGGGCCCCGCCGAGGACAGAGGAGCUGGAGCUGCGGUGGAGCGGCUCGGAACCGCUGCAGGCCGGAGCGCAAACACGCACAGGUAGGAGAGGCAGAACCGAACCGAACCGAAAGGAGGGCUCGGGAGGAGAGAACGGAGGCAGCUCUAGUGAGAAGGAGCAGGACCCGGUCAGCUCCCCUGAAGGAUCCAAACCGAACUCCUGUUACACCCCCGAACCCUCAGAACCCGCCCCCCACCCAGAGGAGACCCGCUACAGCCUCUCCAAAGCCGGAGGCUCCGAGAAGGAGGUGAAGGCCGAGAGUCCCCAGAGGGUCCCCCCCGGAGAGCAGGUGGAGGGUCUCUGCGGGCCCGGGCCCAUCAGCCUCCCCUUCAGCCUCCGAACCAACAGGCCCCCCCUGGAGGUUCUGAAGAAGAUCUUCCCGUCCCACAAGCCCCCGGUGCUGGAGCUCAUCCUGCGGGGCUGUGGGGGGGACCUGGUGGGGGCCAUCGAGGUGCUGCUGUCCAGCCGGAACCCCGAUGGGAGCGCGCACGCGCACACGGAUCCGCUCCCGGACGGCCUGGUUCUGCCCUCUAACGGACACCUGUUCGAACCCCUGGGCUCCUACCACCCGGUGUCCUCCUCCGCCAAGUGGUCCGUGGGCUCCGCCUUCCGGGUCCCGGACUCGCUCCGGUUCGCGUCGGAUUCCUCCGUGCCCACCGGCCCGCUGGGCGUCCCGCUGCAGCACCCGUCCUUCCCGCAGCCCGCUCGGUACCCGCUGAUGCUGCGGAACUCUCUGACCCGCAGCCAGACCAGCCCGUUCGUGCACAACGACGUGACCCUUUGGAACACGGUGGCCCUGCAGCACCAGUACCAGCUCCGGUCCGCCCAGUACGUGUCUCCCUUCACACCGGCCGCCCCCGCCGGUUCCGGGACGUCCGUGUUCCGCGGCUCUCCGCUGGUCUCCAGAACCUCCGAGGAGCAGCGCAUCAGCAUCCAGGAGGAGGCCUGCUCCCUGGGGCCCAAACCGGGCCUCUACUCCCCGGAUGAGGAGUACGAGGAGCGCUCGGACUCCGCGGACUCCCGCAUCCUGAACUCAUCCACCUGAAACCUUCCGGGACCGAGCAGAACCGGAAAUGGACCUGUGCGUGUUUUUCUGUGUGUCAAACAAUCAGAACCAGGUCCGGGGGUGAUGACGUCAGCCACCGGACCGCCUGCAUGUUUUCACUGUGCAUGCGGAAUGAGCCAAAAUAACCCGAAAUGGACCGGAACCGAUUGUUUUCAUGUGUUGUUGAAUAAAUUAUUGAGGGUUCGGCCUGGA